ACAGUACAGGGAUGACCAGAGACUGCGGACACAGUACAGGGAUGACCAGAGACUGCGGACACAGUACAGGGAUGACCAGAGACUGCGGACACAGUACAGGGGAUGACCAGAGACUGCGGACACAGUAUAGGGAUGACCAGAGACUGCGGACACAGUACAGGGAUGACCAGAGACUGCAGACACAGUACAGGGGAUGACCAGAGACUGCGGACAGGAGAUGACCAGAGACUGCGGACACAGUACAGG